UGCGCCAAAUAUAUUUGACCUAUCCAUACCCACCCCUUGACCUUUCUUCCUCCUCAGGCCCCUCCUUCAACCACACCCUUUUACACCAAGCCAUCCCACAUUCUCCUCUCCCUCUCUUCACCACCAGAGCUUGUUCAAUUAUUAAAACACCCUCCACUCCCCACCACCAUGGCAUCAAGCUCUUGCGGGAAGCACACUAGGUACCAUGGAAUCCGGUGCCGAGGCGGAAAAUGGGUGUCCGAAAUCCGUGAGCCACGUAAGACCAGGCGGAUAUGGCUCGGGACUUACCCAACCCCGGAGAUGGCUGCGGCCGCCUAUGACGUCGCCGCUCUCGCUCUCAAACGGGGCGAUGCUGUUCUCAACUUUCCGAGCUCCAUUGCCUCUUAUCCAGUGCCAGCAUCCACAUCACCGGAGGACAUUCGCAGUGCCGCCGCCGCCGCUGCUGCACUACAGUGGGAUGAGGAGGCAAAUAACAGUCUGAAGAACAGAGAGAGGCAGAGGAAGCAAGAGGACGACAUGAGGACGAUGAUGAAUAGUUCCAGUUUGGCGUCAUCUGUGGGAAUAGAUGAAGAAGAGCUUUUUGGGAUGCCGAAUUUGUUGGCCGAAAUGGCAGAAGGAAUGCUGUUGUCUCCGCCGAGACCGCCUGAUUAUCCUGACUCCUCGGGCAAUUCAGACGGAGGAGAAAGUGAUUUUUUCUGGCCAUAUAUAUAUGGUUGCUUGCGAUCAAACCAAUGCAGUGUGCCUUUACAGAGAGACAGAGGACCCAAGUUUGUAAGCGACAUACUGACUUGCAUAAGACAAAAAAUAAAUAAAAAAUUAUGUGCUGAUAUGAAACCAUCGAUUAGGACCACCCAAUUGAUUAAAAGCUAAAGCUUUCUCGCAAGGCAGGUGAGAAAUGCUCAAAACUUCAAGGCAGAAGAUCCGUAUCCAUUAGGAAAAUAACCUCCUUAUCAUGUAAGUAGGAACUUCUAUAUUUAUGCCAAUAACA